UUUUUUUUUUGUUAUUCUGCACUGACAAUUUUGCUGCUUAUCUCUUUGGCCUGUUGGCUGGAUUUUGAAGUCACGGGUGCGUUAGUGUAGUUUGGCUUUUGCACUCGAGGUGCCUGUUUCCAUGCUCUGCUCCUGUCUGCAGACUUGCGUGAUUAAAAAAGAAUAGCAAAAAAACGGAAUUUUGUGGUGUAGAUACCUAGCAGCAACAACAACAACAGCUGAAUAUAUGCGAAAUGGAUUGGUUUUCGGUGUUACGUUUAGUUUUUUUUUUAUCCUUUCGCUAUGUCGAAGUUUUGCCGUUGCGUAGACAGACUGUGCGGUCGGAAAGAAAUUAUGAAGAGAAUGAACAAAACCACAUUUUUAAUAUUUUAUACAAACUGCAAAAGGACGUUAAAGUGUGUGAAAAAACGAUACAAAUGGCUGGCGAAUGGAAAUAAUGACUAACCACAGUUGAGUGCCAAUUAUUUUGCAACGAAAUGGAGCUAAGCCGGCGGUUGAGCAUACACGCUGAUCAUUCCAGUUGGCAAAAAAAAACACCUCUGCGCUUUCAAAAUCGAACGGAAAAACCAUCACCAUCACGACAGCGGGAACGGCAGUAACGGCGACGGCGAACCCAGACGACAUGCCGUUGUCAACAAAUAUGCACCAACAAACAUAAGUCAGUGUACACCAACGUUAGUCAUAAGCCAAACCAACGAAGUCAAUUGCACUGUAUAGGAAAAAAAAAUUGCAAAACUUUGUGUUGUAAAGCGACAUAAUUUUGUGAAGUCAAGGAAGACACGACCGGUAGCACACACACACACACACACGAACCACCCACCCACCGACAUGUCCGCCUCGAUAAUGCCUUUGUCUGUUGACUCGCUAAAGCCGGAAAGCAAUGGUGAUGGCGGUGACAGCAGCGCUCGCGAGUUCGUCGAAGGUUGGACACUUGCGCAAACACUUGGCGAGGGCGCUUAUGGCGAAGUAAAAUUGUUGAUUAAUCGUCAAACCGGCGAGGCUGUUGCUAUGAAAAUGGUCGAUUUGAAGAAGCAUCCGGAUGCUAUGCUCUCCGUACGCAAAGAAGUUUGCAUACAGAAACUACUACAGGAUAAGCAUAUUCUACGUUAUUUUGGCAAACGUUCACACGAUGAUGUGGAGUAUUUGUUUUUGGAAUAUGCAGCUGGUGGUGAAUUGUUUGAUAGAAUUGAACCCGAUCUCGGCAUGCCACAACACGAAGCGCAAAGAUACUUCCUCCAACUGCUCUCCGGCGUACAAUACCUACAUCAGCAUGGUAUAGCGCAUCGUGACUUGAAGCCGGAAAAUUUACUACUAGACGAACAUGAUAAUAUCAAAAUAUCGGACUUUGGCAUGGCAACCAUGUUUAGAUAUAAGGGUAAAGAACGUCUAUUGGACACCCGUUGUGGCACACUGCCGUAUGUGGCGCCUGAAGUGCUCGUUAAGCCCUACCAUGCGCAACCCGCCGAUCUCUGGUCCUGCGGAAUUAUACUGGUCACAAUGCUGGCUGGUGAACUGGCCUGGGACCAACCUUCUACUAAUUGUCAAGAAUUCAAAAAUUGGACUGAAAAUGAACGCUGGUCAACACAAACGCCAUGGAGUAAAUUGGACACGCUGGCGAUAUCGUUGCUACGCAAAGUAUUAGCCACAAAUCCCACAUAUCGACUGACACUCGACAAAAUCGUCGACCAUAAAUGGUGUAACAUGCAAUUCAAUGAAAAUGAACACUCGCACGAUCUCGUCGACUCGGCGGCCACACUCGACAUCCACUCGCCGAAAGCCAAACGACCGCGCCAACAUUCAAGCAACCAUCGACUCAACAAUCACUUUGUCGACGAUACAAUAUCGCGCAAUUAUUGUUCACAACCUAUGCCCACGAUACCCAUAGAUCUGACGGAUGUGUGCAGUGCACCUCGUGGCACCAAGCACAACAACGACGCUGCACAUGAAGCACGCUUUAAUUUCUGUUUCUCACAACCAGCCCUGCUGGACGAUCUGUUGGUAUGCACCCAAAUGAAUCAAACACAAUCGGCUUCGCAGAAUGUCUUUCAUCGUUUGGUGCGUCGCAUGACACGCUUCUUUGUUACCACGCGCUGGGAUGAUACCAUCAAGCGGCUGGUGUCGGCCAUCGAACGCUUGGGUUUUGCCUGCAAAGUGGGCGAUGGUGGUGUAGUUACCAUAUCGACAAUUGAUCGGCGGAAACUGCGUCUCGUAUUCAAGGCGUACAUUAUUGAGAUGGACGGCAAGAUUUUGGUGGAUUUCCGUCUUUCGAAAGGCUGUGGUUUAGAAUUCAAGCGCCGCUUUAUUAAAAUUAAGGAAGCGCUGGAGGAUAUCGUGCUGAGAGGACCGACAACGUGGCCCAUUGCGAUUGCAACGAAUGCUGUGCCUUGAAGGAGGUUGUAUGUAGCUGGUUGGCUGACGGAUGAUAGCAAAAAUGCGUAGCACGUUUUUUUUUUUACUUUCUACUGAAGCUGGAAGGAGUAGCAACAACCAUCUUUAAAUUUAAUUUAUUAGUAAUAAUUUUGUACUUUAAUCCAAAGUCAUCUUGCUAUACGAAUGUUUACAAAGAAAAUAUGUAUUCUAUAAACGCUUUUUAUUUUAGUGUUAUAGCUGCUCAUCGAUUAUUACAUAUUAUUAUUGUUUUACUAUUCAUAUUUUCAUUAACCUUCACAUUUACAUAGUUUUAGUUAAUGACUUAGUUACAUUUGGGCUGUAUUAAUUUAUUAAAAGAAAAAAG